AUGGCGCCAAUCAAGCAGAUUGAAUAUUUUAGAGUCCCUCCACGAUGGCUGUUCGUCAAAGUCACGGAUUCUGAUAAUAAUGUCGGUUGGGGUGAAGCUUCCCUAGAGGGUCAUACAGAGGCGGUCGAAGGCUGUCUCGAUGCCUUCAUUGAGCGGUUUUUUGGCUUUGAGGCUAAUGAUAUUGAGCAUAUAUGGCAAAAUGGCUAUCGCAUGGGCUUCUACAGAGGGGGACCAAUCUUGAUGACUUCGCGCUUUGGUGUACCCAUAUACGAGUUCCUGGGCGGGAAGGUCCGCGACAAACUACGGGUUUAUGCUUGGAUCGGCGGGGAUCGCCCUGGAGAUGUGGAGUCACAGGCUCGCGGUCGCAUUGCUCAGGGAUUCAAGACAGUUAAAAUGAACGCUACCGAAGAUCUUGGCUGGCUGGACUCACCCGCCGCGCUGAAUGCAUCAGUGGAGCGGUUGAAGACCGUAAAGUCUUUAGGAUUGGACGCUGGCGUGGAUUUCCACGGAAGAGUACACAAGGCAAUGGCUAUUCAACUUGCACACAAGCUCGCCCCACACGAGCCGUUGUUCAUUGAGGAGCCCCUGCUCUCUGAGCACCCAGAGUCUGUGGCCGCUUUAUCCAAACUUGUCCCGACCCCCAUUGCCCUUGGAGAACGUUUACACUCUCGUUGGGACGUCAAACCAUUCUUAGAGGCGGCAUCUGUUAGUAUUCUCCAGCCUGAUAUCAGUCAUGUUGGAGGAAUCUCUGAACUGCGUCGUAUUGCCAUCAUGGGUGAAGCCUAUGAUGUGGCUUUGGCACCACAUUGCCCUCUUGGCCCGAUCGCUUUGGCUGCGAAUAUCCAGGUUGAUGCCGUGUCGGCUAACUUCGCGAUUCAAGAAAUGAGCCUCGGUAUCCACUAUAACAAAGAUUCGGCAGAUAUCGAGACUUAG